UGAAUAUUAACAAAACCUUUCGCAUAGUACGAUUAGUAAACGCCGCUCCUGGUCGUCCGUCACAUCAGCUCCGCAAUACCGACAGGAGGCAAACGGGAAAUUAUAACUAAAAGACAGCUGUAAGAGUUUAUUUAUUUGUAAGAAACGAGUGUAUUCCUGUUAUUGGACUACCUGUAUUAAUUAUUUCACCUAUUUUGCCGACAAGACAAUGCUUCAGUGUCUAUCGGGAAGUUCGUGUGUGCGUGUCAUAGAAGGUUACAAGUCUACGUGGUAUUUCUUGGUCCUGGUGCUGGCGUAUGUGGUGUAUCUGAUAUUCGGGGCUUUAGUGUUUUCCGCGGUGGAACUGCCGUAUGAAGAAGAGCUUCGACGAGAGCUUCGGACCGUGAAGCAGCAGUUUCUAGAGGAUAAUGAAUGUCUGUCCGAUGAAAGACUGGAGGAGUUUCUGGCCAGAGCGUUAGAGGCGAGUAAUUACGGUGUGUCGGUUCUCAAUAAUGCCACGACUAACUGGAACUGGGAUUUCACAUCUGCACUUUUCUUCGCCAGCACUGUGCUUUCCACGACAGGGUAUGGCCACAGCGUUCCUCUGUCGGAUGGCGGUAAGGCCUUCUGCAUCAUUUACUCAGUGGUGGGAAUCCCAUUCACCCUGCUGUUCCUGACUGCGGUGGUCCAGAGGAUCAUGGAGUUCAGUACCCGCAGGCCCGUGGAGUACCUGCACCGGCGCUGGGGCAUGUCCAAACCUCUGCUGGGUGCCCUGCACGCUUCCUUGCUGGCCAUUAUUACCAUCUCCUGCUUCUUCCUUAUACCUGCCAUCAUCUUCUCAGUACUGGAGGAGGAGUGGAAUUUCCUAGAGUCCUUCUAUUUCUGCUUCAUCUCUCUUAGUACUAUUGGCUUGGGUGACUAUGUACCAGGAGAAGGCUACCACCAGAGGUUCAGAGAACUCUAUAAAUUGGGCAUUACCUUCUAUCUGAUAUUGGGCUUGAUCGCGAUGUUGGUGGUUCUGGAAACCUUCUGUGAACUUCAGCACCUGAAGAAGCUCAGGAAGAUCUUCUACCUAAAGAAACAAAAAACAGAGGACCAGCUUAACAUCGUGGAUCAUGAUCACCUCUCCUUUGCUUCUGUGUCUGACCAGGCAGCCUCAUUUAGAGAGGAUAAGACUGAUCUGUUUCCUGAUGACAUAGUCUCCACCUCACCUACUGCUACCUCUAAUGGACCAAUGGACCACUGAGGCAACCUGAAAUUCCAUUUUUGGAACCCGACACGUUAAUGUUUGCGAAGCAUCUCCACUAAGAGUGUAAAUGUAUUGUUAGUGUACUCUGCUGUCAAGUUAGCUGAAACCUACCAUAGAUAUGAAUACUUGAAACACCGGCUGAAGGUAAGUUAGAGUACUGUGGAAAAUGAUUGUAUGAGUUCGUAGGAUAAUACAUAAUAUCAGAUGACAUCAUUCUUCAUUCAGCUACUGAACUGAAAAACAUUUUGUUACCAGGGUGUGUGUGUGUGUGUGUGUGUGUGUGUGUGUACACAUGUUUUUCUGUCCUGUUGGGGGCUUCAACCUGAAUGCACAUUGACUCAUGGAGACUUGUGUCAUGGGGAAACAAGCUUAUAGAAUGAGUUUUUUUGAAAAUGUUAAAAUGCAGAAAAUUUUCUGUGAUGGGUAGGUUUAGGGGUGGGGUUAGUGUAAGGGGAUAGAAUAUACAGUUUGUUCAGUAUAAAAACCAUUACGUCAGUGGAGAGUCCCCACAAGGAUAGUAAACCAGUGUGUGUGUGUGUGUGUGUAUGUAAAAGAUAAAUCCAUCCAUGAAUUCUGAAAAUAAAUAGUUAACUGGUAAGUGGUCAUAGACUAGCUGUACAUAUUCCAUGUACUCUUCUUAUUAGGUGACUUAAAAGGAAUCCAUGUCCUGUAUUAUAUAAUAAUGUAAAUUAUGUUUUCUGGUUAUAAUAAUUUGAAGAAUUGCUUAAGCCUGGAAUAUACUACUCAUCUUUUGUACAUAUUUUCCCCCGAUUUGCAGUCUGGACAAGUCAACGCUACACUCUUAAAAAUAAAGGUUCUUUAUUGGCAUUGACGGUUCCAUAAAGAACCUUUAACAUCCAUGGAAACUUUCCACUGCACAAAAGUUUCUUUAUAGUGGGAAAAGGUUUUUUAGAUUUUUAAAAUGUUAUUCACACUAAGAAAAACCAGUUCUUUUAUGAACUAUCUACUAAAAUUGUUCUUCUAUGGCAUUGCUGUGACCCUUUUAGAACAUUUAUUUUAAAAGUCUGAGCCAGUUUACCAAUUUUAGGCAGUCAGUAGAGAGAUUAAGCAGAAAAUCACAUAGUGUAUAACAGGAGCAGAUUUUUUUAGCUUCAGACUAUGAUUCCAUCCAGUCAGAGGAUAUCAAACAUGUUAUCAAACUAUUGUUUUCAUUUGUCAGCAACAAGGCGCACAAUUGUGCAUAAUUCUGUGUUCAUAACUUGAAAGUCUUGUAGUGUUUGAUCCUCAAUCGUUUACUGUAAAGGUUGUGUAGUGUAUUCCAGCCUGAACCCUAUUCAAAGUCUGCAAGUGUACGAUGCCUAGUGUUUUUUUUUUUGUGUUUUUUUUGCUUUUUUUUUUUGGACAUGGGCAGGUCCCUGGUGAAGUUUUUUUCUACCAUUCCAUAACUCAUAAAGGGAAUUUAAAAUAUAUUUUUAGUAGAGGCAUCAGACAAUCAAAAAGCUGUAUAAUUAAUUUCUCCAAUGAAGGGAUUUUUUUGCCUUUAGUCAUGUUGGCUCUUCUGAAGCCAUUCUUUUUGUUGCAGUAGGCACUGUCCACCACCUAAGGGUGCUGUAGUGCAUCGAGUGCCAUUACUGUUGUAUUGUAAGCAAAGAACAGAAGUCACAUCAGUGCAUCAGUAUGCUCUUAUGUGCGACUGGGUAUAUUGCUGAAGGAAAUAAAUCUUAUUUUAUCAUUAAUUUAUGGUUUUCAGUUUUAUAUUUCGAAUUUUAUUGCACAUGCCUAAUAAUGCUGAAAGUUGUGCAUUUAUUGUAUGUUUCAAGACGCACUUUAACAAAACAGAAUAAACUGGUUGUAGAUAA